UCCCUGCGCCGCCCGUUCAUACAAAACGCACCGCCACAACGGCGCCCUAGGUUUUCUUCCUUCGGCCCACCGCAGCAGCGCACCAACAGCAAAGCGACCGCAGCAGCAGCGGGGAGGGAUAGCCAGACAGGCCGCGCCGCCCCGGACGCAGCCGCCAAGCCACGCCCGCUCCGCGGCGACGAGGAGCGAGGGAUGGGGCGCAAGGGGAGGAAGGGGAACGAUGGCGGCCUCGGCGGCUUGAGCGAAGAGACGCUGGUGCGCGUCACCACGGUGCUCGAGGAGUUUCGCGCCUCCGACGCCCAGGUGCACACAUUCGAAGCUAAUAUAUCCAAACAAGAGAGGGCUGCAAUCCAUGAGAUCUGCAGAAAAAUGGGCAUGAUAUCCAAAAGUAAAGGGUACGCGGAAAGGAGAUGCCUUUCUGUUUAUAAAAGGAAACAAACGCAGGGGCCUGAUAAAGAAGAAGGCCCUAGCAAACUCGGGUUUUCUGAAGAAGCAAGAAAUGUUUUGCAAGAUCUGUUCACACAUUAUCCUCCUACUGAUGCCGAAUUAAAUGGGGAAGCUGUUAAGAAUUCUAGUGAUAAGGCAGCGAAAAUCCAAUGGAAGACAGAUAGUGCCUUUUGCAGGCCAGUUAUGCACAAGCACGAUAUAGCUAAGAAGGUUGAGAUACUUGCGUCAAAAAUAAAUGAAUCCAGACAGUUGAGGAAGAUCGUUGAAGACAGAUCCAAACUUCCGAUUUCAUCCUUCAAGGAUCAUAUUUCUUCUACUCUGGAGAACAACCAGGUGGUUCUUAUUUCUGGAGAAACAGGCUGUGGUAAAACUACUCAGGUUCCUCAAUAUAUCUUGGAUCAUGUCUGGGGCAAGGGUGAAUCAUGUAAGAUCAUAUGUACUCAACCGCGACGGAUAUCAGCUAUAUCAGUUGCCGAGCGAAUCUCUGCUGAAAGAGGAGAGGUUGUUGGCGACACAGUUGGGUACAAGAUACGUUUGGAGUCAAAAGGAGGAAAGAAUUCGUCAAUAAUGUUCUGUACAAAUGGUGUUCUUUUGAGGCUGUUGAUAGGCAGGGUAACUAACAUGCCAAAAGCAAAAAAUCCUAAGCGCUCAUUUGACGAUGCAGUUAUGGGGAUAACACACAUCAUUGUGGAUGAAAUUCAUGAAAGGGAUAGGUUUUCCGAUUUCAUGCUUGCUAUCCUGAGAGAUUUGCUGCCGGUGUAUCCUCAUCUUCAUUUGGUGCUCAUGAGUGCAACGAUCGAUGCUGAGAGAUUUUCACAAUAUUUCAAUGGGUGCCCGAUUAUUCAAGUCCCAGGCCAUACCUAUCCUGUCAAAAUUUUCUAUUUGGAGGAUGUGCUUUCUAUUCUGCAAUCUGUAGGUGAUAAUCACCUUAAUCCUGCAACCGAUGAUCUGGAACAGGACAGUAUAUUAACAGAUGAUUACAGAAGCUCAAUGGAUGAAUCAAUCAGCAUGGCUUUGGCCAAUGAUGAAUUUGACCCGCUCAUUGAGCUUAUUUCUGUAGAGCAGAGCCCAGAAAUCUUCAACUACCGGCAUUCAGAAUCUGGGGUGACACCUUUGAUGGUUUUUGCCGGAAAGGGUCAGAUUGGGGAUGUCUGUAUGCUUCUAUCAUUUGGUGUGGAUUGUUCUGCACGUGACCAUGAUGGAAAAUCUGCCUUAGAUUGGGCACAGCAAGAGAAUCAGCAACAAGUCUAUGAAGUAAUUAAAAAACACAUGGAUUGUGGUUCAGUAAAAUCACCUCAGGAGAAUGAGCUGCUUAACAGAUACUUAACAACUAUCAAUCCGGAGCACAUUGAUACUGUGCUGAUAGAACGCUUGCUUAGAAAAAUAUGUAUUGAUUCCAAUGAAGGAGCUGUUCUAGUGUUCCUUCCUGGUUGGGAAGAUAUAAAUCAAACACGGGAAAGGUUAUUUGCUUCUCCCUUAUUUCAGGAUUCGUCAAAAUUUCUUAUACUGUCCCUCCAUUCCAUGAUCCCAUCUGUAGAGCAGAAAAAGGUUUUCAAAAGUCCACCAGUAGGGGUUCGGAAAAUUAUUCUCUCAACCAACAUAGCAGAGACUGCAGUAACAAUUGAUGAUGUUGUAUUUGUCAUAGAUAGUGGGAAAAUGAAAGAGAAAAGUUAUGACCCAUACAACAAUGUGUCCACGCUUCAUACUUCCUGGGUUUCUCGAGCUAGUGCAAGACAGCGUGAAGGGCGUGCUGGUCGUUGUCAGCCAGGAACUUGCUACCAUCUUUACUCUGGAUUUCGAGCAGCUUCACUGCCAGAAUACCAAAUUCCUGAAAUUAAGAGGAUGCCUAUUGAGGAACUAUGUUUGCAGGUCAAACUGCUUGAUCCAAACUGCAGAAUAGCAGACUUUUUAAAGAAGACGUUGGAUCCUCCGAUUCCAGAAACUGUAAAAAAUGCUAUAACUGUGCUUCAGGAUCUUGGUGCUUUAACACAAGAUGAACAGUUGACAGAUUUGGGUGAAAAGUUAGGUUCUCUUCCUGUCCAUCCAUCCACUAGCAAGAUGCUCCUGUUUGGUAUAUUGAUGAAUUGCCUUGAUCCUGCAUUGACAUUGGCAUGUGCAGCCGAUUAUAGAGAUCCUUUCGUCCUUCCAAUGGCCCCGGAUGAAAGAAAAAAGGCUGCUGCGGCCAAAGUUGAGCUUGCUUCAUUAUAUGGUGGGUUUAGUGACCAGCUUGCUGUUGUAGCAGCAUUUGAUUGUUGGAUAUGUGCGAAAGAUAGGGGUCAAGAAGCUUUGUUUUGUUCAAAAUAUUUUGUCGCUGCAAACACCAUGAAUAUGCUAUCAAAUAUGAGGAAACAACUUCAUAGUGAACUAUCUCAAAGAGGAUUUCUUCCUGCCGAUGCGUCUGCCUGUAGCUUAAAUGCUAAAGUUCCAGGUAUCAUUAGCGCCGUCCUUGUGGCUGGUGCUUACCCAAUGGUAGGACGAUUGCUCCCACCUCGCAGGAAUUGUAAAAGGGCUGUUGUUGAAACAGCAAGUGGUGCCAAAGUUCGACUACAUCCACAUUCUUGCAACUUUAACUUGUCAUUUAACAAGUCUUAUGGGAAUCCUCUAAUGAUAUAUGAUGAAAUCACUCGAGGUGAUGGUGGGAUGUACAUAAAAAACUGUUCAGUUGUUGGAUCAUAUCCAUUAGUUCUUCUUGCAACGGAAAUGGCUGUUGCUCCGCCUGAUGACAGUGAUGAAGAGGAGGGUUCCAGUGAGGAUGAAGCUGAAAAAAACACUUCGGGACAACAAAAUGAAGAGAUUAUGUCUUUGCCCGAUAACACUGUUUCAGUUAUUAUUGAUCGGUGGCUCCGAUUUGAUGCUACAGCUCUGGAUAUAGCCCAAAUAUAUUGCCUAAGAGAACGCCUAGCAUCUGCUAUUCUUUUCAAAGUCAAACAUCCACAGGAUGUUCUCCCACCUGCUCUUGGAGCGACAAUGUAUGCUGUUGCAUGUAUUCUAUCAUAUGAUGGCCUGCCUGGUAUGGUUGAAUCUGCUGAUUUGUCAACAAACCGUGGUUCAAAUCAGAGUUCAACAGAAGCUAGCAGAUUCACUCAGGGUCGGAGAGCUAGUUAUAUUCCACCUGGAGGUUUCCUUAUGUCAUUGCUAUCGGACAUACCGCCUAAUGCACCUCAGUUUCGGAAGUCUUCCCACCAUCCAGGGGGUGCUUCAGGGCAUAUUCGGCCAUCGAGGCCCUCUGCUGGUAGAUUUAAUCAAUCUAAACAGCAUCCUCGACGCAGCAGUUCUGGACAAGGGAGUUCAGCACCAGAGUCUUUCAAAAGACAGCGUGAUGGUGCAAGGUGAAAGGGUCAUUCGGUACCACAUUUUAACGCUUGUGGCCCCUGAAAAAAAGGUGUUGUUUAGAAUUUAGUGAAGAUUUACAGCUUUGCUUGGAUGAAAGCAAAACAUGGAAGCUAGAAAAAGUGCAUGACUAUGCUUAAUCUGUCAAAGAAACCUUUUGCGUAUAGAUGAUAUUAACACCAAUGCAGUUGGUGAAGGACUUACGAUGUAUCCUCUCAUGUGGUCUAGCUUAACUGGAGAAUUUAUAUCUUCUGAAUUUAAUUUUGGAGCACCCUAUCUAUCUA